AUGAAGCUCAAUCAUGAGGCUCCACGGGACUUCGCUCCACAGACCCUCCGAGCGCUUGCGAAGGCGGCGACGCAGUUCGAGGAGCGGGCCAGAGAGGGAAACACAAUCGCCGACAGCGUCCGGGCUGCAGUGGUGUACGACACUCGCGAGGCCAAGAGUGAUGGUGACGGCUUUUCAAUGCGCAUGUUGGCAUCACUAUGUUGCCAGAGGCUUCGAGUCGUGGUCGCCCUCGAGACGGUCUCAGUGUUAAUGCAAGCCGUCGUGGUGUUUGUCCUGGGCGUUGUCUUGGAAGAGCUUGAGCUUGGGGGCACACUGCCAUGGCUGGGUGAAGAUUAUGCCGUCGUGGCAGUCCCCUUCGCACUGUUCCUCAUCGGUCGUUGUGUAGAGCAGCUUGCGCGGCACAGGCGCCGGAGACUCUCCGAGCAGGUGGCCUUGGCUCUCCGCUCUCGGCUCUUUUAUCGGGCCGUGGUGUGCGGAGGGCCCCUGCCGGCGGCAAGCCGCCGAGUGGUCGCUGCGCUCACCAAGCGCUGCAGGCUUCGACUUGUGGCACCCGUCUUGGGCAGUGCCUUGUCCGCGGCCCUCCUCGUGGGUGCGACAAGCGUUGCUGCUACAGCUGGCGUAAGCUUAGUUGUGAUGGCCACAGCAGUGGAGGUCAUCUUGAAGCGCCGUGUGCCGAAGUGGGUUCAGGCGGUGGGAAAGCUUCGGUGUCGGAGAGAGGAGCUGUCUUGCGCUUUCCUUUCUGACCUGAAGUGUGCUUCUGCCACUGUGAAGUGCUUUGGCUGGGAGGCUGCGGUCUUUCAGCGCCUGGGCCGACUCCGCGUGGAGGAGCAGCGAUUGCAGGACCGGGCCUCCCGAUCCAAUGCCACACUGCUCGCAGUGCGCUCGGCAGCCACAAUCUGGGCGUGCCUUGCUUCCUUGGCCUUGCACUGGCUGGUCGUCCGACCACCGACGCUGUGGGAGUGUUUCCAAGCCUUGGCAGCUUGCAGGCUGCUGGCACAGCAGCUGCAGCAGGUCCUGCGCAUCCUUCUGACUGCCUGGCCGACGGCUGCAGCUGCUCUUGGCGGCUCUGUCAAACCUCCACGCCCGGUGCCAAAGCAGGGCACGCCGGCCUUGUACAAGACAUCACGGUUUGCUGUGGCUGUUGAGGGCAUGCGUUUCUUCUGGCCGAAUCUGGAAGGACCCAAAGAGGCUUCGUCUCUUCCAUCACCUCCCAAGCCUGCCGGGCUCACGGCCAGCGUGAAGGCCCAGAAGGCUGGGAACGGCCUGAGCCUCGUGGAUUCGGUAACGGACGAUGCCUCGGUGGCUGAGAGAGCGAAGCGAAGUACGCAUGGAUCGGCUGGCUUUGAUGUGAAGGUGCUGUCGCUGCAAGUCAAGCGAGGUUCUCACAUCGCAUUAGUGGGAGCUGCAGGCUCUGGCAAGUCAACUCUUUUGGCGGGCUUGGUAGGAGGCUGCCAAGCCGAGCUUUGGGGAGAAGACUUGGAAGAGACGGGCAUUCUCCUGUCUGGCAGGUGCGCCUACGCUCCGCAACAGCCGGCGGUCUUGAGUGGAAGCAGCAUCCGCGACAAUGUCGUUUUCGGUUCUACUUGGGAUGCUCACAGGUAUGAGCAAGUCCUGGUGAUGUCCACCUUGUCAGAGGACCUCCCCGCUUUGGAAGUCGGCGACAGCAGCUUUCCGGAAGCAUUGAGUGCUGCUGCACGAAGCGCUCUUCAGCUGGCGCGUGCGCUCUAUGUCGAGGCCGAGAUCUUGUUGCUGGAUGAACCGUUUGUUUCCAUGGAGCUCGAAAGAGCGAAGCGGGCUCUCUCCAACUUGGUUCGGAAGGCCAAAGACAGGACGGUGGUCCUGGCAACGCAGGCUCUCUCUGUCCUCGGUCCGAUGGACAGCAUCGUUGUCCUUCGAAAUGGAACCGUUUUCGAGCAGGGCGACUACAAGACGCUGGCAUCAAUGCCCACAGAGUUUAGCAGGCUACUGCUUAUCGCAAAGGAGAAGGAGAAGCGCUCCCGCGAGUCUCGGAACGGCUUCCCUGGUCCUUGCUUGUGCUACGAGGUGGCUCCGGAUCCGCUUCGCGAGCUGUACCCCUUCGAUGAGGAGUUUGGCACCUUUCCGACCUUUGGAUUCGGGUCUGUCUUGGAAGCAGGGCCACGAAAAUGGGUGAGCCAGCAGCCGCUGGCAGAGCCGGUAGUUGCUCACCUCACUCCUGCCAUCCCUGCGCCGACCGCUGCCAGUCCCAGCGAAGCCGCUGGUGCCCAGCUGCCGCCCUCCGCCUCUGCAGUGCCCGCUGUCGGAGCUUCUGAGGCCGGCGGCUUCUUGACACGUGCGGCCGAAUCGCCCGCAGAAGUGCCGGAACUACCCGAAGAGGAAGGCAUUCCUCGGCCUAACACCAGUGCGGCAGCGAGAGAAGUUCCAGGGCCCAUUGUUCCACCCCGACCCGAGGACCCGGACUUCUCGCAUGGGGCAUCUUCACCCAGUGCAGACGGGCUCCGGCGCCGGAGUGCUGCAGCUUUGGAUAGCGAGGCACCGCUGACUUCCCCUGUGCUGCGACCGGAUGCAAACCAUUCGGCCCCACUGCCACAACGCCUGGGAAAGCCCGAAGAUGAGGGUAAAGACAUCAAAGCAAAGCGCAGACGCCCCGAAAGGGAGGACAAGGAGCCAAAGCACUCAGGGAGUCAGCGUGCCGCACAUGCUCGCGAGGGAGUGGAGGAGAAGCAGGGUUUCCUGAGCUCUAGUUCCUCAAGCUUCGGACACUAUCACCAGGAGGCCGCGCCCUCGCUGCCCAAAGGCCGAGGCAACGGCGUCCUGUUGCUGCUGGGGCAUAGUGGUCAAGCUUCUGCCAUGAUGGCGGCUGUCCUUGCGAUCGGCAUGCUGGCAAACCUGUCUGUGCCCAUCCUCCUGAGCUACGUGGUUGCUGAGGUGCCAGCAGCAGUGCCAAGCAACACGAGUGCAGGUACGACGCGCUCGCCCGCCGACGUGACGACAACGUCAGUGACAACAGCGGUCUCUGUCAGGACGUCCCCUCGCCCGGUUAUCCCUCCGUUUCAGCCUGGCACCACAGACGACUCAGAGGUGGUGUGGCGCGGGUUUUCGACCACCUCAUCGACUGAGGCAAAUUCUCCGUCCCCAACAUCCACGACGUCCACGACAGAGCUCUCGAUGAGCUCGCGAGCACCGUCACAGGAGUGGAGCCUGUGGAGCACCGGCCAUUUCUGUGCAGAGCCCGACCUUGCGCAAGAGACACGGCCCGAGGGCAGCUACGAGUUGGAUGCGACCGUGGGAUGGCACUGGUCGGCGAAGCUCUCCCUUGCAGAUUGCAAGCUAGCCUGCGAGGACUUGGCAGACUGGGCCUGCCGGUUCAUCUCCUGGGGCGGGCCAGCAUCCACGGAACGCUGGUGCUACGUCCACCGCCACUGCAGCUCCAUGAUGCGGGUUCCCAUGUAUCAGAUAAUGGAAGUGAAUUUCACAGCCAGUCCAGUGCGCUUGCGGAGGCAGUUGCUGAAGGUACAGAUUGUUGACGGUGGGACGACGGCGUGGAUAUCCCAGAAUUCUGCAUUGGUUCUGCUUGCUACGCUUUCCAUCCUGCUACCACUGAUGGGCCUGUGGCAGGCACGAACCGCAUGCCUUGUAGCGAUCCAGGCCAGCCACAAGGGCUCACAGCUGCAGCUGCGAGCUUUGCUGGCAGAAGCUGGCCAGGCUCCAGGACAAGGCGUCAUCAUCGCCGGAAGCCUCAGAGAGGACCUCCACCAGCCCGGCACGUCAAAACGCCAAUCCGAGCACAGCCUCCUGCAAGAUGUCGCUGAUGCUGAUCACUUCCUGCCCUUGGCUCUCCCACGCUGCAUUUUGGCUUUGUGCCAAGUGCUGGCUGCAUUGCUCUGCACAGCUGCCGCGUGCAGUCGUCAGGCCGUCCCGGCAGUGAUGCUGACUAUCCUCGUGGCGUCCGCGAUGUACUUUCACCACCGACGUUUGUCUUUGGUGCAGCAGCUUCGCCGUUUCGCCAAUCGCAGUGAAGCUGCUGCGGCCUUGCAGUUGCUCCACCUCACCGAGUGUCACGAGGCUUUGUGCCUUCAUGGCCAUGGCGACGCCCUGUGGAAGAACUACGAGGCUUGUUGUAAAGAUGCUGCACUGGCCGGGCUUGCAUCCGAUGCUGCGGAGAGGUGGCUGUACAGCUGCCUCCACGCUUUGGUCGCGCUGCUGCUUGGACUCUUGUCCUUCUCAGCCAUGACUCAGGCACAGAGCCUCCCUUCCGACUUCGGCUUUGCUGUUGCUGUGGCCUCUGUAGUCCAAGUGGCCUUGGUGCCGGAUGCCCUGAUCGAGUUUGUGAAACAUGGAGCUCAGCUGACGCACGGCUUGGCCGCUCUUCGUCGGAUGGCGCAGACUUGCAAGGAAGCUUCGCCCGAAGAGCUCGAAAGCCCGAUUGCGACUCUGGAGAUCGAGAGCCGAGGUGUCAAGCCCGCAGCGGUGGUGUCCCGAAGCGGCAAGGUGGCUUUGGGAGACGUUCUCAUCGAAAACGAGAACCUUGCCGAGAUUGCGGAGCCGCAGGUGCCAUCCCAGUCCCAGUCCAUCUCUCAUGCUGGUUUUCCCAUGGAAAAGGUUCCGGGUGAUUGGCCUUACUUCGGUGCCAUUGAGUUCGAGAAGGUUACAUUGAGGUACGGCCCAGGCUUGUCGCCGGCGCUUUCAAGCUGCUCCUUGCUGCUGCCACCUGGGAAGGCACUCCUGGUGACCGGUGCGAAAGGCUCUGGUAAGUCCUCCCUUCUCAAAGCCGUCCUGCGCUGCUGCUACAUCGAGUCGGGCCGAGUGGUGCUGGAUGCAGUGGAUGUCCGCUGCGUAAGCUUGGCCACACUUCGAGGAAGAGUGGCCGUCGUCCCACAGGAGCUAUGCAUCUUCCAUGGGAGUUGGAGGCAAAAUUUGGAUCCCAUGGGCGAAUUCGAGGAGGAUGAGCUAAAGCGAGUCCUGCGUCUAACGCGCUUGGAGAAUUUCCUCCUCCGCACCGCGUCCGAUCUCGAUGCUGCUGUCGCGCCCGAGGCGUUGGAGCCCGGGCCUGCCGUGCUGCUGUGCCUCUGCCGCGCACUGCUGCGCCUCCUGCAGGGGCGAUCGAAGCUCUUGAUGAUGGACGCGGCCACCUGCCGCUUCAGCCCAGCCUCCGAUGCAGACUUGACUGCCAUCAUUCUGCGCUACUGCCGUCGCCGCGGAGCAGCCACGCUGCAGGUCAGCCAACGCGCUCAGCAAGCGCCACUCUACGACGAGGUCGCUGUGAUGGCCUCAGGCCGAGUGGUGGAGCAGGGCCCAGCCAAGAAGCUUUGGGUCAAGGACGGGGCCCUUCGGCGUGUGGCCAAAGAUCAAGGUCUGGAUUCGUCAAAGAUGACGAAGCCAGAUGCCAUAGCCGCGCGGCUCAUGCCUGUUUGGGGCUGGGAAGUCAGUCCCCAGGAAGAUCCAGCAUUCAGCGACGAAUUUAACGUGUCCAUGAAGAAGGCCAAGGGCUGA